AUGAUAUCCGCCAGUUUGAUACAAUAAUAUUAUAUUAUUUCAAAAAAGAUCCGCAUUUCAAUUUUGUCUCUCUCAUGACUAAUGCUAAUUUCAAAAUGCUGUAGGGAAGCUCAGGCGGCCAUUGGCUACCGCCGCCCCCUAGACGUCACAAGGACACCAGAAAUAUCAGGAGAGAUGAGUGUGUGUACUCACUGAAGAUGUAUACAGGCAGUGGGAUAAGUAAAGAAACACAACAUAUAUCUCCUCAUAUAGCAGCCCACAAAUCAUCCUUGGCACCAACGUCCUCCGUGUCCAGUAUUACAUCUGUGGCAGUGAAUUCUGGAGGACUAUAUGAUCUAGCUCACCAUCCAGCCAACAAGAGUGCUUUCAACACUCAUAUUCCGACCUACAAAGUAGGAAUGCACCAGCCCCAUCACUCCAUUGUGAAGGGUCUGGACCACGAUGGAGCUUCACUGCUGGGACGUCAUGGACAUGUUGGUCUACCCACCCAUCAUUCCAAGAGUGCACCACAAGAUCUUUCUGCCCAUGCUAGUGGGACAGAAAAGGCACUACCCCUGGAGCUAACACCUCAUUCCUCAGCUCACCACAAGCCCUUACCUCACAUCCAGUCUGUAGUUAGUCAAGGUGGUAGCCAUAUUGGGGGUCUGGUUCCUGCCCAUCAGCCUGACAGAGGUGCUCCUUAUUUUCGUAUGCCAGACUCUGUCAUAAACGUGCAGGGCCCAUCUGCUGUGCUUGUGUCUUCUGGUGGAGAAGGAGCGUCCUCAACCCCUCACUCCAUGGCCCACACAACCACAAUGGUACAUGCAGGAUCCACUCAUAGUGGUGCCACAAAUUUGACAACAAUGUCUGCGGUAUCCAUGGCUUGCACAAUGCCAGGUGGAGUGGCAAGUAGUAUAUCUCAGAGCCACUUAAUGCCAAAUGACUGUAGUGCAGUAUCCAGUGUUUCAACUGGAGGUGUAAUACCUCAUCCAGACCUCAGAGGCGUUAAAAAAGAGAAAGCGGAGCAGCUAGAAGGAAUGGCUAUGGCAGCUGGGCAGAGAGAUGGGUGCCAUCCUCAAGCUGGACCUCAGAGAGACCUGGUUCGUCAGGCCCUCCAGGCAGUUGUCACCAACCCUCAGCACAAAACUGGUAAUGACCAAGAAGUAAUUGAAUAUAACUACACAGCUGGUGAUAUAGCAGAGUUGUUGAUGAUGAACAUCCAGGUCAAUGCAUCAUUACAAGCCAUGAACAAAGGCAAUGGGAAUGACCACAUUCCUCCAGAUAAUGAAUCAGAUGAAGUGGUCAUGCUUCAGCCAGCAGAAGUUAAUGAAGCAAACAGUUUGUCAUUAAUGUCUCAGAAUCCUAAACGUCGCCGUCCAAAGCUAUCAGAAGAAGCUCAAGCAGAGCGGCGAGUCAGAAUUGCCUUGCGUAUGAGGGAAAAGAGAGCAACGGAGUCAGACGAACAAAAACGAUUGCGUAGAAUAAGAGAAGCAGAACGAAUGCGACGCAAAAGAGCAACCGAGGAUGAAGACCAAAAGGUAAAGAGAAGAUUAGAGGCAGCUAAUCGAGCAAGAAGCAGACGUGCAACGAUGACCAUGCAAGAGAGAGAAGCAGAUAGGCGGCGGGCAGCAGAACGUAUGAGAUUAAGAAGAGCCACUGAGAGUCCCGAGUCGAAAAGUGUACGUCGCGUAAGGGCUGCAGAACGAAUGAGGAAAAGAAGAGCAAGCGAAACUCCAGAACAACGUGCUCAGCGUCGACAAAAUAUAGCAGUCAGAAUGAAAGCUCGGCGUAAGCGCAAAAGUGAGGAAAGCAUUAAUGAUGGUGAUGAACUGACAGAUAUGGACCAUUCAGUAGAUAACAGAUUAGUGAAGAGUGAAACCUCAAGGAGUGUUACACAGCAGGAGAGUUCUAGCAAUGUAACUGCCAAUCAUACAGCACCUCAGGUUGUUACCUCCUCACCUCACAUAUUUGUACCAUCCACCAUUGGUGUGGGUAGUGGAAGCAUUGCUGUGUUACAUGUGGAUUCUCCUUUGCCACCAAUGUCAGUUGGACACCCAGCAGCUCCAGGGCUCUCCACUGUGGACAUGGCCCAGCUGGGUCAGCCGCUCUCCUUACAGAAAUCCAGCUCGGCCAGCCAAGAUCAGAAGCAUGCAAUGGCGAGCCAGGGGACUGGAACUUCCACAUCAACUCAAGAGACCUCGUCACUUUCCAGCCUCCUCACCGGUCCACACAGCACUCUGGAACCCCUGUCUCUGCACAAGGCUUCUAGCUACCAUCACCAUAUACCCCACUUUUUACACUAUCAUCAACCACACAGUAGCUCCUUACAGCAACAUCCACACCACCACCCCCACCACCACCAUCACCAUCACCACCACAAUCAGCAGCGCCACCAACACCAGUAGUAAUUAAUUCCAAAACAAUGAAUACAUUCAAAAUAUGAGAUUCAAGCUUUAUGAAUAAGGACAGUUGAUAAUAAUUAUUUAUUAGUAAGAUAAGGUUAAGAGUGUCUUGAUAAUUCAAAUUAAGAAUGCAGUUAUCAUUUUCAAGAUAUUGCCAUGCAGCAUGAGUUAAAGUUUCCUUAUUCUUAGUAUUCCAUCUUAUAAAUGAUAGAGGAAAAAAAAAUGGUCUGUAAACAAUUUAAAAGCUGCAACAAUCACACUCAGCACUGAGCUUCAACUCUUUCCCACUUCCUGUAAAGGAAAAAAUCACAUCCUCAAGGAACCUACAAAGCUGCACAGUAGUAAAAAGAUUUCACUUUUAGUUUGUUGAAAUAAGAAUAAACAUUUUGAGGAAUGUUUAUUUUUCUUUUAAAGCAUGAAAAAAUUAAUAAAUGGUCCAUUUACUCAGAAUUUACAGAGUAUAUACUUGUUUUGUAUUUUUUCAGCAUAGAUUAUAUACUUGAAUUUGUUAGGAAAAGUAUUACAGUAUUCAUGACGUUACUGUGUAAAAGAAAUGACAAUAAAUUAUAUACAUUGUAUUUGUCUGUGUGAAAACAUGAGACAUGAUGUGAAUGUUUUAUACUUCCAUAUUGGAAAAAAAUAGUAUGCUAAAUGAACACAGUAUAUGAUGUUUCAAGAAUUUUAAUAUUUAUUCUAGUAAUGAUUUAUUUUCAGUGCAAUACACUUUUUAAGCAUAUUCAUUGCAAUAUGUACAGGCAUUAAUCCCUGGCUGUGAAGACAAACAUGCAUGAACUGUGAAUAGAGAUCUCCUCUUGUUGAGCAGAGAAGUUUGAUAUGUUGUAACAUGAAAAGAUAGUUGGGAUCUUUAAAAUUAAAUUUUAUAAUUAUCUUUUUUUUUUUUUUUUUUUUUUUUUUUAUUAUUAUUAUUAUUAAUCACUUUGGUUUUGGGGAAGAGAGGCAGUGAGAGAAAGAAAGAAUAGCAAGAAUCUGUGUAAUGUAUCGACAUGUUUUUACUUAGAGUGUAUGAACAUCUUAAAAGUAUAAGAGUACAACUAAUAAAAUAAGGAAUUAUGUAUAAAUAUCAAUGUCACCUCUCACUUGUAAAGUUUUGCUAACUGAGUAUAUGCUUUUAAUACUUUAUUACUAUCUUAUUAAUUUAUUUUUGUAAUAUAUUUUAAGUGAUGAUAGCAUGCAUCUGUAAAAAGAUAACAAUUAAGAAUGAUUUCUCUAAAUCAUAAUCAAUAAUUUCCCUCCUUUAGUUUGAUGUAUUCAUACUUUUACAUUUUUUCAAGCAAUAUUGUAAGAGAGUAUAUGAUUACAAAUUAUAUCUUUUUUUUUACCAGGAAAAUACACAAGCAGAUAUUUUGGCCUUAAUUGAAUUGUAGAUGUAUUAUACAACAGCAAUAGUGUAGUGUCUAAUUUGAUCAGAAUACAGGUUUGAUGGGUGAAAACUAGCUUUAAAAAUAGUGCACCAGCUUUAGUUUCAGGUCAACACACAGCCAUAGGCCUCAUUCACAAGUGACAUUAAAGAGAUUACUAUUGUCCCGAGUUUACAUUUUACAUUACACCCUUAAGGUGUGGGUACACUAAAGAUCCUUAUAUUUGCAGGACACUUUGAUCGGAGUCCUCGCUCAUAAUGUACUACAAUAUUUUCAACUGCCAUAUUCCAGUACUGUGCUAAAAAAUUUAUACCAUUCGGGCUGUUGCAAUAAUUUUUGGGAUAUGAUAUUGCAAAACAGAGCAGCAUUUAAACUAUUUUUUUACAUCUUUGUUUGAAUUUUUAAAUGUUUGCAGUAAGUGGUAAACUGUUUGUGAGAAAAUUGUAUUUAUAACAAAAUAAAUUUUUGUAUUGUAGCAGUGGCAUCACAAAGGGCUGCACUGGCAUUCUCUGGUUGUUGUACAGCAUAAGACAAUACAUAUGUUAAAAGCA